AUGCGGCUGGACGUCUAUCCAACCGGCAUUUUUAUCCUCUCAUAUGUUGUGGAGGAAAAAGUGAACUGCACGCAAAGGGAUGGAGCAUAUGCGUGCUACACGUGUAUGGGACGAGAUAUGGAUAACUGUGAAACUGGCACCGUGUGUUGCAGAGGCGCAUGUUUCAAGCUUGUUGACAAAAAGCAUAAUUUGAUAACGAAAGGUUGUACGAAUGACGACCAGGAAGACGGAAGUAUGAAACGCAAAACACUGGAUGUUCAACUGUAUUGGGUGCAUAAUGAGAAAGUGACAGGAGAAGCAUACUACUGCAAGGGAUCCGAUUACUGUAAUGCCGGUGCAUCGAUUUUUAUCACUCGGUUCUCUGUGGAUAAGAUUUUGCUCAGCAACGUUCUUGUCAUAUCAGCAGCAGUGACAGCAGUCCAUGUUUCGUGA